AUGGACUACUGGGAGUCGAAUGUGCUAGCGUAUACAUUUCCCGAUUCAUUCAACCGUGGAAUUGUGAAUGACCUUAUAGCUAUUCCUGGGUACAAUGUUCAUAAUGCAUACCAAACGGCGGAAAGCCUCGCUCAAGAAAGGUCGUGCAACUUACCGCGUAAACGUGAAGAAAGAGCUCCAGUGCGACGACAGGUCGUUUCAAGACUAAAUAAUGACUUUAGAGGAACAAGUUUAUGUACUGCAGCGCGGAAUGGAGACAUAAAUACUGUAAGAUAUUGCUUGCACACAGGGUCUGAUGUUAACGAGAUGAAUGAGCGUAAGCAGACACCAUUGCACCUCGCUUCUUCUAAAGGUUAUUUGGAAAUUGUGGAAUGCUUACUGCAGAAAGGAGCUGAGAUCGACGCCAGAGAUGUGGACGAGAGAACACCAUUAUGGAAAGCAGCUUUGUCUGGACAUAUGGCGGUGGUAGAACGCUUAAUUAAGAAGGGAGCUUAUAUAGAUGCAAAAGAUAUCUAUAAUAUAACACCAUUUUGGAAUGCGUGUUCCAAAGGACAUUGCAAAUUAGCAGCGUAUUUGUUGCGCAACGAGGCUGAUUUGAAUGCUAAGGGCCGCAACGGACAAACGCCACUGGAAAUUGCAAUUCUAAACAAGCAAAUAAAUAUGGCAAAGUAUUUGAUAGACAGCGGUGCUGAUAUAUAUGAGGACGAUAACAAAGGGGUAAUGUAUUAA